AUGGCCUUCGACGCUUCAGAGAAGAUUUCAGAGUCAUCAUCAUCAGCCAACCCAACUGAACUCGCCUCCUUUGGAAACCGUAUGUUAAAAACCAGUGAGAAACUCAUCUCUACAUUGGUGAAGCCGACGAACACAAGUGACAAAGUCAGUUUUACUCUUCCCGCUGUAGAGGGAGAAGUCUUCGUAAUUGGACCACAGGCCACCAAAAUGCCUCGACUUGACACAACAAAUUCUUCUGUGGACAUUGAUCUCAUUGAGAUCGCCAAGAACAACAAUGAAACAAGAUCAGCUGCUGUGGCUUUCAUGAGCUUCAACACAAUGGAGAAUCUACUGAAGCCCGACUUCUUCAACACAUCAAAUGACACGAUUAAAACCAUGAUGUCCACUGUGAUCUCAGCUACUCUUCCCAAAACCACCAACACUAAACUCACCAAACCAGUCAACUUCACCCUCAAACACAUCAGAGAGUUCGACCCCAGCGGUUCUCUGUCCUGUGUGUAUUGGAAUAUCAGGGAAUGGAUUGUAGAUGGUUGUUCUGUUUUAAAGACAAACAGCAGCUACACUGUGUGUUCCUGUGUUCAUCUGUCGACAUUCGCUCUCAUCAUGCAAACCAGCAGACCACCAGAGAACGAUUCACUGCUGGAGCUGUUGAAUUUGGUGUGUGUGAUCGUGGGGCUGGUGUUCUUCAGUUUGGCCCUGUUGACCUUUGCCCUUUGUCAGUGGAGUCCUGGAGUGAAUAAUGUGGCUCGAAUCAACAUCUGCAUCAGUCUUCUGCUGGCUCACCUUCUGUUCCUGCUCACACAACAGUUCCUGAACCUCAUACGCCGUCAUCAGGUGUUGUGUGCCGUGAUAUCAGGUGUGCUGCACUUCCUCUUUCUCUCCGGCUUUGUGUGGAUGUUCAUUGAAGCUGUGCUGCUCUUCAUCUGUGUGAAGAACCUAUCACAGAUCAGCUCCAAAAAGAGGGAAGUGCUUAGCACUGGAUACCUGUGUGUGAUUGGAUAUACGAUUGCUCUGGUUGUGGUGGCUGUGUCUACUGCGGUGGUUCCUGAAGGCUACGGCAGCGAACAAUGCUGGAUCAAAAUAGAUAAAGGUUUCAACUGGAGUUUUCUGGGUCCUGUUUGUGUCAUAUUAGUGUUAAACACGAUUCUCUUCAUCAGCAUCACCAUCAGGCUGAACUCAACUCUUAAAAAUCUGAAUGCUGAAGUUUCACAGAUGAAACAAACCAAGAUUAUGACAUUUAAAACACUGGCUCAGUUUGUGGUUCUUGGUUGCUCCUGGAUUCUGGGUUUCUUCACUAAUGGCAGUAAGGAGCUGGAGAUCGUCUUCCUGAUCUUGAACUCCCAGCAGGGAACCUUCAUCUUCCUGGUCUAUUGUGUCCUCAAUAAUGAGGUCAGGCAGCAGUACAGGAAGUUAUUCAGAUGUCUUUGCUGUGGACUCAAACAACACUGAGGACUAAAACAUCAUGAUCAGGAAAUAAAAAGUGCCAUUAUUAUAUGGGUAUUUUAUAUAACAGAAUAGAUGGUUUUGGAUAUUAAAUGUCAGUCUAAGCUUCUUAAUGCAAUGAUAGGAAAAAAAAAAAAAAACAUGUAAUUUGAGUGCCUUAUUUCAUACUUGUUAAUGCUAUUGGUCUAAAGCUGAAAAACAUCUCAGUUACUGUUGUAACCCUUGUUCCCUGAUGGAGACAAUGGAAAUGGUGUGUCAAACUGACACUAGGGGUUGCUCUUUGAGAGCUCCAAUCACCUCUGAGGUAUUCAGAAAAGGCCAAUGAAAUUGGUGAGCAAAAGUUGCAUUGCUGGCCACACCCUGGACAUAAAAGUGGCCAGUGUGGUAUUGCUCAUUCAGGUUUGUUCUGAGGAGCUGAGACGGCAUCACAGUGACUGGUGACAGAGCAAAGCUCCAUCCAGGUGAAAACAGUUUUUAUGUAAGGGAAAGCGAACAGUGGAGAAAUACACAUAUAGGACCACUGUUAGAGAGUCACUACAUAUGGAGCACUAACCUGAAAGGGGCAUACUACAGUUAAUGGAUCUGGUGAUGAGUUCCUCCACCAAACCAAAAUGUGCUUGAAUGAUGAAGAUAAGUGGUCCAAGGUUCCCUAUCUUGGGAAACUUUAAAGGGUUAGUUCACCUAAAAAUUAAAAUUCUGUCAUUAAUUACUCACCCUUGUGUUGUCCCAAACCCGUAAGACUAGGGUUCAUCUUUGGAACACAAAUGGAUAUCUUUUUGAUGAAAUCUGAGAGCUUUAUGUUCCUCCAUAGACAGUUACGCAACUACCAUUUUGAUGCUUCAAAAAGUUCAUAAAGAUAUUGUAAAACUAAUCCAUAUAAAUUGAGCAGUUUAGUCCAAAUGUUUUGAAGAGACGUGAUCGCUUUUUAUGAUAAACGGAUUGAAUAUAGGCUUUUAUUCACAAAAAAAACAUCAUCAACUCACCGAUCAGGUGUGGUAAACGGAAGCUCAAGCAUGUUUACUUGAAGCGUGCAAGCCAAAUAGGUUCUCGUGUGUUAAGCGGCACGUUUGAUCUUCCGAAAGAGGUUUGUUCUCAUGCAUCAAGCUGGAUCGGUUAAUCUCAUGUUCGCUGAUCAAUGUUUAUAUGUGAAUAAAAGCCUAAAUUAAAACUGUUCAUCAUAUAAAGCGAUUGAAACUCUUCAGAAAUUUGUACUAAACCACUUAAUUCAUAUGGACUAAUGUUACGAUCUCUUUA